UCCAUUUUCUCAGGCGACUAUUUCGCUCCUUCGCAUCCAUAUACGACACCGUUCUCUCUUUCUCUUCAGAUUCAUGGAGCCCCGAGCCCCACUGUUUGAAAGGAAGCCAUAUGAUCAUACACUCAUCCUCGAAACUCGAGCUUUCUUAAUCAAGCGGUCCUGAUGAAGCUUCAGCACCAUAACAUAGCCGUUCAGUUCAUAUAAUAACAAUAGUAAAAACAAAAGAGAAAGAGAGAAUGACAAAUCAGAAAUGAAUGGGGAAAGAAAAAGAGCUAAUGGGUCGCUUUUCAAUAUCAGUGGUGUGUCGCUUUUAAGCCUUUUACUAAUUUCAGCCUAACCAGCCAAGCACUAAUCUCCACGCUCAUUUAUUCCUUACUUACUCUUUCCAAUCUAAUAUCUAAUCUAACUUCUGGAUUCGGUGGAUUUGGUUUCGCAUUUUGGAUUCUCUGGAUUGAUAUCUCCUGGCGAAUUAGGUUUUCAAAUCUCAACCAUGCGGAUUCUUUUGGGUGGUUGUCUUGACAAAUAGCUUUGCUCUAUAGUCAUUUAUUUGCGAGGAUGCUGGCGGAUAAUAUUUCUUUCAUGUUUUUUUUUAGAAGAUAUAAGGCGUCAGCUUGGGAACGAUGAUCCAUGCUUUUGGCGAGAUGUUUAGAGGCUUUAAGCUUUUGGCGCGAAAAUGGCAAUGAACGGAACAUUUCCUGAGAGGCCGAGUGGAGAGGCAUCUCUUAUUCGGGAUUUUGAGGCUCUGAGCGUGUCCCAGCGGCUUGUGAGAAGUGUUAGCCAGAAGUUGAGGAAGAAAAACAACAGAUGCGAUGGAGAGGAAGAGGAUAAUGUGAGAGGGAUUUCUGUAAAAUGUCUUACUUUAUAUGCCAGGGGCGGUGGUUGCAAAGUGGGGGCCGACACAGGUGAGGAAUAUGGGGAUCCAAGUAGUAGGAGGAGGUCAUCAAGUGCCAGUGAAGACGGAAAGGGAUACAAACCAAUCUGUGGCACCGAUGAGCCAGGAGUUGAUUGCUUCUCCUAUGGGGUUAGGGAAAAGUUUUGGAAGAAAAAUAACAGAAAAUAUUUUGAACUCGAAGAUUCAAUACAAAAUAGCAGGUUGCACAUCUUUCUUCCAGAUGACAUACUGGAAAUGUGUUUGGUGAGACUCCCAUUGACCAGUCUCAUGAAUGCGCGCCUCGUAUGUAAGAAAUGGAGAUACUUGACUACCACUCCGCGGUUCUUGCAGAUGAGACAAGAAGGUUUGUAUCAGAAUCCAUGGUUGUUUCUGUUUGGGGCUGUUAAAGAUGGCUAUUGUUCUGGGGAGAUACAUGCACUGGAUGUAUCACAAGAACAAUGGCAUAGACUUGAUUCUGAUAUUCUAAAAGGAAGGUUCAUGUUCUCUGUUGCCAGUAUUCAGGAUGAUAUUUAUAUUGUUGGAGGUUGUUCUAGCUUGACCCACUUUGGGAGAGUGGAUAGAAGCUCAUUCAAGACUCACAAAGGGGUGUUGGUGUUUAGCCCUUUAACUAAAUCAUGGCGUAAAGUUGCUUCCAUGAGGUACGCAAGAUCAAUGCCCAUUUUGGGAAUUUCUGAGGUUAGCUCUGAUUUUUCAAUUGUUCAUAGUCAUCAGCAUCGACAAGAAAGGCGUUUUCCCAGGUCUCGAACUGGUGGGGUAUCGGAUGUUUAUGAGGAUCCACACCGGCUUUCACUAAGACGUCAAUACAGAAAUGCUUUUGAUGAAAAUGAAGCUUCAUUGUUUCAUAGCAGAAAGUCACACAAGUUCAUCAGACAAAAAAGUGAUCAGGCGAAUGCUAAGGGUUUUAAAAGGUUUGUAUUGAUUGCUGUAGGAGGUCUUGGAUCUUGGGAUGAACCUUUGGACUCUGGAGAAAUUUAUGAUCCCGUAUCAAAUAAGUGGACAGAAAUCCAGAAGCUGCCCAUAGAUUUUGGGGUUGUAUGCUCUGGAGUUAUAUGUAACGGGAUUUUCUAUGUGUAUUCUGAGACAGACAAGCUUAUGGGAUUUGACAUAGAGAGGGGCUUCUGGAUAGCCAUCCAAACGUUUCCAUUUCCUCCCCGCGUUCACGAGUAUUACCCUAAACUCGUAUCUUGUAAUGGUAGAUUGUUCAUGCUUUCAGUUUCCUGGUGCGAAGGGGAUGGCCAAAUAGGCCAGAGAAACAAGGCUGUUAGAAAAUUAUGGGAGCUAGAUCUAAUGUAUCUUACAUGGACGGAAGUGUCAGUACAUCCUGAUGCUCCAAUGGAUUGGAAUGCUGCAUUUGUUGCUGACAAAAAUCUUAUAUUUGGGGUGGAAAUGUUCAAAAUAUUUGGUCAAGUGUUGGACUUCCUGACUGUAUGUGAUGUGCAAGAAACGGGAACAAACUGGGGUCAUAUUUCGAGAAAUCAGAUGACCCACGAAUUUGAUGCUUCUUCCUGCAUUACCAAAUCACUGGCUGUCCUACAUCUGUGAAGGCCUAGGGUGCACAUUCUGAUUUGAGCACAAAUUUUAGACAUUUAUUUAUCCAUAUGAAGAGAUUUUGGGCAAUAGAUCGGCUAUGCGAAUUUGAAUUUGAAUUCUUUGGGCAUAAUCAGUUCUCACCUGGGAGAUUAUUCUGUUUAUUUCUUCACUGCUGUUCAUAAAUUGAUCCUGUAUUCCUAAUCUUGCUUUUCUUCUUAUGUUUCAUGAAAUAAUAGAUACAUCUGUUUUUCAUC